AUGGUGGAAGGUACCGAAGGCGGAUGUGCGGACACAUCAUGGACCCCGGCCUUCGGCACCGGCGACAAGGGCGGGAGCGAAGGACCGCCGUUCUGCUGUCUACCCGGACAGCGCGGCUUACGCAGUUAUGAGGGCGAGUUCUGCGUCGAUAUCUCUUCCGAAAGUACAUUAGCCAAACGCGAAGGCUACGACAACUCCUCCAAGCCCAAAUCCGCCAAGCAAAAGAAGGCCGAAAAGAUCUACGUCCCCAUCCUCUACGUCGUAACCUGUGGCUGGCUCCCCCUGAGUCUGAUAUUCAUCACCGUGUCCUUGGUCCGGUCGUAUUACAAACAGAAGAUCGCAGCGUUUAAUGGUGGCAUGUGGCGGACACAAUUUCGUGAGGCGGAUAGGGAGCGGGUGGUAGACUCCGGGCUGAACGGGUGGGGUAGAAAGGUGAAGGAUUUGCAGACAAUGGAAAAUGCGGUGGUUAGAGAGCCGAGGAGGCAGUGGAGCGAGAGGCGCUGGAGGAAGUAG